AAGGUGUUUAAUGCGGAAUCAAGAGAGAAAUUUACUGAACAGGAGAUAUUUUCGAAGAGGAGACAUAUUCUUCUAAAAUGGCAGGCAGUGUGGAAAUCCCAAGGAAUUUCAGGCUGCUGGAGGAGCUAGAGGCGGGGCAGAAAGGAGGAGGGGGCGUGGUCAGCUGGGGAAUAGAAAAUGAUGAUGAUAUGAUGAUGAGACAAUGGAAUGGAAUGAUUAUUGGACCAUUGAAGACACCAUAUGAAGGCAAAAUAUAUUCGCUCUCGAUUCACUGUGGAGACAAGUACCCUGACCAACCUCCGACGAUUAGAUUCCUAACGAAGAUUAACAUGAGCUGUGUAUCAUCAGAAGGAGCUGUUAGUUCUAGGAAUUUCGACAUGCUAAAACACUGGCAGAGGAAUUACACCAUCAAGGACGUGCUUACGAAGCUCCGAGAGAAAAUGAGCGCAAAAGAAAACUUAAAAACCCAACAGCCGAGUGAAGGAUCAAUGUUUUAACGGCCAACCCAACCAGUUAGUUUUUAUAAAAAGAAUAAUGGUGAUGAUGAUGAUGCAAUUACAGGCAGGAAGAUCCAGUCGUCUGCUGAAGCCUCCUGCAAAUCAGGGGCCCGUAGCACAAUGCUUAGCAAUCAUCGUAGAAGAAUAUCUUUAUGAUUGACUGCAUUGACUACAAUGUACAAUCAAUCAUGAAAAUUAAGUGUACAAUUGAUCGCUAACCUUUGUGUUGCGGGUCCCUGGGAAGCAUUCCAUGAAACAAAUUUUCACUUGACUAAUUAGACAAUCACAAGCAAGGACUUGGCACUGGCUUAUACCAUCUUUCGGUGAAAAUCAUUGAUAAAGCUCAUCAUGAAACCGGGAACCUUUCAUGAAACAGCAUUCAGUGAGUGAUUUUCAUUGACUAAUGUGCUGUUGGCUAAUCGUAUGCAAGGAUUUACAGUACCUUAUAACGUCUUUCGGUGAAAAUCAUGGAUAAAGCUCAUCAUGAAACCGGGAACCUUUCAAGAAACAGCAUUCAGUGAGUGAUUUUCAUUGACUAAUGUGCUUUCCGCCAAUCAUAUGCAAGGCUUUGCAGAAGCUUGGAACAUCUGUCACUGAAAACCAUUGACCAAACUUGUCAUGAAACCGGGGCCCCGUCUUACAAACAGUUACGAUCAAACCAAUUAACCUCAAGUAUAUGGAAAUCCUUUAAUAUCAUAAUUUCUUCUUUAGGAAAUUUGCACAAUGUCCUUUGAAAACAGAG